AGGGGAGGAGAGGAGAGGACGUAAUUUGAGGAAACGAAACCUAAGGUUCAUAGAAACCAAAGCAACCCGACGUGGUAGCUGUUCUCUUGUUCAGGAGGAAAAUAACACGCAUUUUGAAGCAAAUAGUCUGAGAGACAGAAACCACAACAAGGAUGGCCUCUGCUAAGUCUUCCUGGUCAGAAGAGAACUUUUCAUGUCCCAUCUGUCUGGAUGUGUUCAACAGUCCAGUCACCACACCAUGUGGACACAACUUCUGCAGAACCUGUGUAACAAAAUUCUGGGAUGAGCAAGUCCAGUUCAAAUGUCCUGUUUGCAAUGAGCAUUUCCCCACAAGACCUGAUCCAUGGGUCAAUACCCUCUUAUCAGAGCUGGCUGCUCAGUUUAGAACGACUGUACGGGUAAAAGAGCAGCCUUGUGUUGAUCCAGCAGAAGUAGGCUGUGACGUCUGUAGUGGGACCAAGCUGAAGGCCAUGAAGUCCUGCCUAGAGUGUUUUAUGUCUUUCUGCCAAACCCACCUGGAGCCACAUCAGAGAGUCACAGUCCUGAAGAAACAUCGGCUGGUUGAGCCUAUGGACCGUCUGGAAGACAGGAUGUGUAAGAAACACGACCGGCUUCUGGAGCUCUUCUGCCAGAGUGAACAGGUGUGUGUGUGUCAGUUCUGCACAGAGGGUGACCACAGGUCCCAUCCUGUUGUACCUCUAAAGGAGGAAUAUGAAGUGAAGACAGCACAGUUGGGGAAGUUAGAGGCUGAAGUUCCGCUGAUGAUCCAGGAGAGAAAACUAAAGAUUAAGAAGAUCAAAGACACAGUAGAAUUGAGCAAGAAAGUCGCAGACAGAGACAUUGCUGAUGGUUUGCAGAUCAUCACUGCUCUAAAGCGCUGCAUGGAGAAGUGGCAGGAUGACUUCAACCAAAUGGUUAAAGAGUCACUGAAAACCACAGAGAAACAAUCUGAAGACCUCAUCAAAGAGCUGGAGCAGGAAAUAGAAGAUCUGACCAAUAGAAGCUUAGAGGUGAAACCACUCUCACACACUAAAGACCACCUCCACUUCCUCCAGGCCUUCAGAUCCCUGAAGGAUCCUCCACACACCAGGGACUGGACGACGGUGGAGGUCCGUCCUCCGUCUUACGUAUGGACCUUGAGGAGAUCCCUGGAUCAGCUGGAGGAGACACUGAACAUGGAGAUGAAGGAGCUGUGUGGUGCUGAACUGAAGAGGGUCCAGCAGUAUGAAGUAGAUGUGACUCUGGAUCCUGAUACAGCUCAUCUCAACCUCAUCCUGUCUGGGGAUGGGAAACAAGUACAUCAUGGAUAUGCAGUGAAGAAACUCCCAGACAACCCUAAGAGAUUUACACAGAAUCCACGUGUUCUCACGAGGCAGAGCUUCUCCUCAGGGAGAUUUUACUUUGAGGUACAGGUCAAAAACAAGAAAGUAUGGUGUUUAGGAGUGGCCAGAGAGUCCAUCGACAGAAAAGGUUGUGCCUUAAGGACCCCUGAGACUGGCUACUGGAGUAUUACCUUCGACAAGGAUGGGUUGGUAUUUACUGGUAUCCCUGAUGUCCGUCUCCCUCUGAGAGCUGAGCUCCAGAAGGUGGGGGUGUUUGUUGAUUAUGAUGAGGGUGUGGUCUCCUUCUAUGAUGUGGAAGCCAGGGUUCAUCUCUACUCUGCUACUGGAUGCAUCUUUAGUGAGCCUCUCUUUCCAGUCCUCUGUCCAGGUACACCUAAUAAUCGAGGUAGAAACUCUGCCCCCCUGAUCAUCUCACCUGUCAAUCAAACAGACUAGGACUUUGUUUGAUAAUAAAAUAACCAAAACAACUAGUGUUGUUUCCUGAAUUAGAAUCUCCGCUAUGUGAAAUCUGAGAGAACUACUUUAAUAUUGUACUCUUCACUGUCAUUAAACAAGGAGAAAUUAUGUAAGAUAAUAACCCUUACUGUUAUUAAAUAUAACCCAUGAUACAUGAUUAGAUUACAUAUACUAUAUUGAUCAAUGUCCGAUAGACAGAAUCCUUUUUAUACAUUUACCAAUAUCAAAUUCUAAAGGUUUGCAGCUAGUAGAAAAUGUUGAAAAUGUGUGGUUAAAAAAAAUGAUAUAUGUAAAAUGUAUGUAUGAUUUUUAUUUCAAUAAGAUGUACAAAAAGUAGAAUGGGGUCAUUUUUUGUGGAAUAGUUACAUCCUCAGUACAAUGUUUACUCAGUAGAAUAGCUACAUUCUCCUUGCCCUUCCUCGCUCUCUCUCCCUCCUUCCCUCAUUCUCUCUCUCAGAUCGCAGUUCCAACCACCGUGGUGCUAUCCAUAGCAUCGGCUUCUUGACCUGUGCACUCCUGUGACCUAUUUCUACCUGCCUUUUCACCUGCCUGCCCAUGUCCCUCGCCCGCUGUGCUGCUCACCUCAGCUCCGUCCUCCGCCAUCGCCUUUACACCUCCUGAUUUGUCAUUCUCAUCCCCCACUUUCCCCUACUACAAAAAAACACCUUGGCAUUUAUUUAAAUUCCCUUGUUGCUGUCUGCGUUUGCUCUGCUGAUGGUAACAGGUUUUGGACUCACAAUGUUUCCCCUGACGGCAACGAUAUCAAAGUUGUUGACGUUUCGAGUCUAACCUUAUGUUGGUCUUGUGUUAUUAUGCAAGAAUACACAGCAGCACUCAGUACUCAGAACCGCUUUGGCCCAGUUGCCAUCGCUGAUGAGUUUGUAGACUGCUGUGCUGAAAUCCAUCCAUGUUUUCUAUGGGCUGUGAUUUCUGUGUUGUCUCCAGUGUUGGGCAAGUUACUUUAAAAAACGAAUAUGACAUUAUUUUUUACAUAUUACUAGCUGAUAAAUAAAACUAUUGAAGGCACUUAGCCUAGACCUAGGCUACUUAGGGCUCUGGAGGGCUAGCCUAUUCCAUACCGGUAUCGUACCUGUUACCAGUUAUUUACUUGACAUAGUAACUUGAAUAAUCUAACCAAAGUUCUAUAAGUAACUGCUAAACCUAAUAUAUUACCUGUGUAAUUACCCACAACACUGGUUGUCUCUUGAUGUUGAACUCGUUGGUCUGGUUUGUCUGCCCUACCCUGAGUCCCAUGAUGCAGCUGUUUUAUGAGGUUAAAGUCUGGAAGAUAAACCUUAUGUAACUACCAGUGAUGGCUCAAUAUUAAUUAAAAACCGUAUAACAUAUUUAACCUAGGCACACAUGGAGAGGGUUGUUUUCAUAAAGACUGUCGAGAAAAUACCAGUCGAGUCAAGUCAAUUGUUUUUGUAUGGCUCUUAAUUACAGAUAAUCUGUCAAAUCACUAAUAAAUCACCACAAUGUCUCUCGUUUUGGAA